CUUUGGUCCUUAUCUGCCUGUGCUCUAGUGUCUUCUUUCGAGCGUCCGCCGUCUGACUGUGCAUAUUCGAACAAGGUCGACCUCCUGUCUAGCUAGCUUAAGCCCUACACUGAGUUUGAGCAAUUGGAAAAUCUUCCAAGACGCGAUACCUUUCACAGAACACACCCACGAACCUGUCUCUAAGGCAUUGGAAAGCUGAAAUCUUUAAGCGCCUGCAAGGUCCCCUGAAGUAAAUCCACCCUCGAAUACCAGAUUCGCAAGGUUAAUUAAGGAGCCUCUGAAGUCAAGAUAAUAGUUGAUCGUGCUCAUGCUACGCGGUCCCUACUCUGGUUACGACGAGCACGCUGUGCCUAUGCGCCGGCCAUCCCCCCCUCCACGGUACGGUGGACCUGACAACCGUGGAGGCUAUGGUGGGAAUGAAAGAGGCUACAACGAUCACGGCGGGAAUGACCGCCGAGGACGUGGUGGACGUGGAAGGAAUAGGGGUCGUGGCGGACGUGGUGGUGGAGGGGGUCCUCCACAGUCCGCAUAUCCGCAGUAUGACGAUGCGGCAAUGGAUCCGUAUUACCCUCCAGCACCACCUCAGGAUGACUACUAUCGCGAUGAGUACGGCACCGGCGACUAUGAUGAUCCGUCACGUCGCCGCGCCCCACCGCCUCCUCGGCGUGAGCGUGAGGUAAAUGAGAACCUGAUCGAAGAGCGUAUUCAACGAGAGAGGCCAUGCAGGACCCUCUUCAUCCGAAAUAUUAAGUACGAAAGUAACGGCGAGGCAAUCCGAGCCCGUUUUGAGGAGUUCGGGGAGAUCAGGACAUUCUUUGAUCUGAUCUCAAAUCGAGGAAUGGUGUUUGUGACCUUCUAUGAUCUUCGUGCUGCGGAAAGGGCCCGUGAUAGGCUACAAGGAACAGAUAUUGCCGGCCGACCUAUUGAUGUUCAUUACAGUCUGCCUCGCGAAAAUGAGACCAACUCCAGAUGCGAUCGAGAGAAGAAUCAGGGUUCUGUGCAAGUCACGCUGCGAGAUUCUUCCAAUCGUCAACCCAUCAACCAAGGUGAAGUCAGGCGCAUCUUUACACAGCAUGGGGACGUGAAAUCUGUACGUGCAGUCGGUAGUGCGCGAGAUGCGGUUGUCGUAGAGUUGUACGACAUGCGAGCCACUGAGCAGAUAAUCGAUACGAUGAACCAUGCUCCCCUUCAAGAUGGGUACAUGGAGCUUGAUUGGGCGUGGGACAUUCCCGAUACGCCGCUGCCCGCACCUCCCACUCCUACGCAGCCGUUACCUCGUAGGCCCGAACCCAGCAGAGAGCGCGAACCCAGAGGAUAUGAAGACGACUAUCGCGACUCUGCUCCUCGGGGUGGUGGCGGAGGAAGAGGCCGUGGCCGUGGGCGCGGGCGUGGCGGAGGCGGUUAUGAUGAUAGGGACGACCGUCGCUCGCGUCGUGACUCUCGAGGACACGAUGACUUCGAACCUAGGCGGAACAGCGGAAGGCAGGAAGACAGAUAUCCUGAAGAUCCCUAUCGUGCUCCCCGCGCGGCAGGAGCAAUUGGGCAGCCUGAGUCUGACCGUCUCGAAGCCGCGAAGAAGGUGCAAGAACUGCUGCAGGCACUCAAGCCUCCAACUACUGCUCAAACUCAAUCACCGACACGUGCUGCGCAACCUCCUCCGCCUCCUCAACAGCCUGCCUACUACGGUGCCCCUCCCCUAAAUCCCUACAUGCCUCCUCAGCCCCAGUCGGCUGUGCCUAGUUAUCCAGUUCCUGCGGCCCCGGGACCUCAGCUCAUACCUAACGCUGCCACCAUCGCUGCGUCUUUGCCUCCCAGCGUGCUCGCUUUGCUACACCAGGCAAAUGCUUUCGGGCAACCAGGCCAGCCAGUCUAUCAACCGCCGGCCGCAGCCGCACCUAAUCCGUACGGAGCACCGUCGUAUUCUCAACCACCGGCCUCCGCGAACCUGCCAACCACGAACCCAACUGCCAUGCAACAAAUCCUGGAGAUGAUUGCUGCGCAGUCAAAGCGAGUGUGA